AUGUCCUCCUACAGCAAGUUCGGCGGGGAGAACCCGUACGAGGAGAGCCAGCACUUUCACUGGAAGCCGCAGGGCACCGUCACCGACAAGAUGGUCUGGGUUCUCGACAGGUACUCGCGCGAGAAAGCGGAGGCGAAGAGCAAGAUGGCGAAGCUGGAUAGGCUGCUCGAGAUGACUACCGAGAUGUUCGACAGCCUCGUGGCCAACCCCGCCACCGACACGCCCGACUCGACCGAGUUCCUACAAACCUACUACCUCCACGUCCACCGCGCGCGUUCCUUCUACCACAGCGUCACGCCGUCCCCCGAGCAGCAGCAGCAACUGCUGCCGCACGACACGCGCGAGCGCCGCCUCGGCGCCGCCGUCACCGACACGCUGCACUCGUUCCCCGCGCACGUCCCCGGCCGCAGCAACGCCGGCCUCGUCGAGGAGUCGCUGCGCGACAUGGACCGCAACGCCAUGCGCGGAAGGUGCGAGGCCGAGGCGUAUGUGGCCAAAGUGCUCGGAUUGGCGCCGGUCGUGGUUGGGUUUUGGCGCGGGGUUUGGGGUGCUGCUGCUGCGGAGGAGGUCCAGGGCGAGAAGAAGAAGAAGAAGGGUGGUGGUGGUGGUGGUGGCGAGGACGGUGAGCUGCUGGAGGUGAGGAAGAUGGAGGCGAUGGCCGAAAAGAUGGAGGGGGAGGCGAAGGGUAUUGCUGAGGUGGAGGGUCUUGGCGUGGCUGAGUCUGCGGCUGCCGUCGCCGUCCAGGGCGAGCUGGGAGGAGGUGGAAGGGUCGCGGCUGAGCAGAAGAAGAAGAAGGUGGAGGAGGUCAUGAAGGUGGAGGUUGAGGGAGUGGAGCUGGGAGUGGAGGGCCCCAUCAACUCGGUCGCCGCCGUCGCCGAUCCUUCUCCCGCUGAGGAGGAGAGCGCCGGCUGGAUGGCCAAGCUCGUCGUCGGCGGUGAUGGUCAGGCGAAGACUGUCUAG